GACACGUCUCGUCGCGCUGCCGUCGAAGUCUCCGCUCACACGCGCGCUGCCGACGCCACGCUUUAGUUCCGACGCGAGAGUUUGGAUACUCAAAGGAAAAACGAAAAACGAAAAAGACGAGGAAACCAUAAUUCAACGCUGGAUAUUUUUUUUUUUGUUUUUGCCUAAUAUAUCCGUAUUUAUCUCCGUUUUUUCUUUCUUUCUUUCUUUCUUUUGAGCGGUUUUGGAACUUUUCUCUAUUUGGAUUCCCAACCGCAGUGACCGAUCGAAUUGGACAUGUUAUCGGUGAGAACUGUGAAAGAAAAUAAACACUAAGAAAAACAACAACAACCAAAAAAAAAAAAAAAAAAUCAAAACAAAACGAAAAAAAAAAAAAACAUCACUACAUUAGUUAAGUCAAGAAAACAACGGAAUAGUUAAUUUUACAGACUCGGUGAAUCCCCCCAAAAGUGGCUGAGCUGAUGAUGAGGAAUAUUUACAUCAGCGCUAUACUGUUUCUUAAUUAUGCAGCCGGGGACAUCCUGCGAGGCGUGGACGUGCCCCUGUACGCCUUCGCGGGAGGUCAGGCCACCCUGAGCUGCUCGUACGACCUGCGGGCGACGCGCCUCUACUCGCUCAAGUGGUACCACAACGGCACCGAGUUCUACAGAUACGUGCCCACGGAGCGCAACCGCCCCGUCUACAUCGGGCCCAGCCACAAGUUCUCCGUCAAGGAACUCUUCCGAAGUGACCAGCGCGUGACCCUCUCCCUGACCCGGCUCUCGGUCUCGGCCUCGGGUCAGUACCGGUGUGAGGUCAUCGCCGAACACCCGAGUUUCAGGACGGAAGCCGGUACAGCUAGUAUGACCGUAUUACAGUUGAAAAGAUAUGAUGCAAGUUUAAAAGGUAAUUUGACUGAUGCAUCCGCGUGCAUGUCUUUUAUUGCAAAUAGAAUUAGGUUUCCAUCGGAGGCGGAGGACGAUGAGUGCGAAAUCCCGCUCGUGCUAUGCUCUGCGGCUGAAAUGACCUUUAGCAAAAGGGAAAUACUAACAAUAACAGGCAUGGGCAGGGACAUCUGA